AUGACCAAUAUUACUUCGGAACAAGUUACUUGUGCGGUUUGCUCUAAAAAAUCAAAACAAGAUGUUUUAAUCUCUACCAAUACGAUGGGAGGUUCCGAUCUUGAUUUACGUCCUCCUCCCAUGAAACGAGAUACCAUGAAUUGUUGGUUACAACGAUGUGCUCAUUGUGGAUACGUUUCCUAUGAUAUUAGUGUCUUACCUGAGAAUGAAGAAGGUCAUGAAGGAGUAUCAUUGGAGAAGGUGAAAGAAAUUAUUGAAUCCGAAGAUUAUGUCGAACAAUUACAUAAUAGUUCAUUGUCUCCUUUGGCUAAUACUUUCUUGUGUUAUGCCAUUUUGCAAGAUAAGGGAUUUAGAAAUUAUGCAGCAAGUGGAUGGGCAUCUCUUCGUGCUGCUUGGGUCUGUGACGAUGGAGUCAUCCAUGACAAGUUCAAUGAAGAGAAACAUUUGGACAAUGCUGUGAAAUGUAGAAAGAAGGCAAUUUAUUGGUUUGAAAAGUGUCGUUCAUUAUCAGUACCUUUUGUCCAACAAAACGGAACAGAAGAAAUGAUUUUAACUGAUCUCUUCAGAAGAUGUAGAAUGUGGGAAGAUGCUGAAAAGGAACUUCAACGAGCACAAGUCUUUAAGGAUGAAAUUGAUGACUUUGUUUGGAAAUUAAUUGAAUAUGAAAUGUAUUUGGUGAAGAAGCAAGACACUGAAUGCCACAAGGUCAGUGAUGCACAACUGAACUUUAAUAAGGACGGCGACUCCACUGUCACCAAUGAGAACAAUACUGCUCCUCGAAGUAGUAGGGAUUGA